AUGAGUGGCAAGCUGAAGUCUACAUACCGAUCGGGCCCUGUAGGACCUCCCCUGCCGUCAGGGUGGACAGAGCACAAAGCACCCACCGGCCAUACCUACUACUACAAUGUGGAGACGAAGCAGUCUACCUAUACUCGACCCAGUCUUCCCUCUGAUGAGCCCCUCCGCAUCGACUAUGGCGCAAGUGAGCCUGACCAUGUUGUACGUGCCUCAAUGCAGGCAAUGGAUGAGUUCAACAGAAACAGUGCCACGGCGCAACCGGGCCAUUUCACCGGGGGCAGAAGUUAUCAAGAACAUUCCCGUCCGAGACGCAACCAGGGAGACCGCCCGAAGUCGAAAGCACCUAUACCAAACUGCACACCGUGGGUGCUGGUGAAGACAAAACUAGGCCGGAGGUUUGUCCAUAAUACCGAGACAAAGCAGAGUUUAUGGAAAUUUCCGCAAGAUGUCAUGAUGGCGGUGAUUGAGAUGGACAGGCUGGAGUGGGAGGCUAAGAAAAAGGCAGAGACCGAGCAGCAAGAGGCCACGAAGGAACGUGAGAAAUCACACCCAAGGGACGACACACCGAGAUCAGUGACACCCGCCAGGGAAAGAUCUCGAGCAUCUAUUGGGCCUGAAGAGUACGACAGCGACGAGUACGAGGAAGUCGAAGUGACAGAUGACGAGGCGGAAGCGGUCGACGAGCCCUCAAAGCGACCUCGUCUCUCCCACGAGGCUGAAAGGGAGAACCCACCUCCUGCUGGACCUGUAGAAUUCGACGAAGACGACAUAGCCUGGCAACUGGCGCAGAUGGAGGGCGGUGACGGUUAUGGAGAGGAGGGCCAAGACUACAUACACGGCGAUGGAGGAGAGGGGGAACAAGAUGAAGACGACGACGAAGGUCUCCCUCUAACCGCGGAGGACAAGAUCGCACUCUUCCGAUCCCUGCUCGACGACUCCGGCAUAUCGCCCUACUCCACCUUUGAAAAGUUGAUCGAAGACGUGGCGCUAAUAGAAGACCCGCGGUACGUCGCACUACCAAACACCUCGUCACGCAAAGAGGCCUUCGUGGCCUGGUCCAAGGACCGCAUCGCAGAGCAGCAAGCCCUCAAGGCCUCGGCGGCCGCGACACAGCAGCACAAGAAGGACCCCCGGGUGGCGUAUCUGCGCUUCCUCCAGGAGCACGCGACGCCGAAACUGUACUGGCCGGAAUUCCGGCGCAAGUUCAAGAAGCACCCCGAGAUGCUGGAGCGAGCGAUGCAAGACAAGGACCGCGAGAAGCUCUACCGAGAGCUCGUGGCCAAGUUGAAGUUGGGCGACGCCGAGCGGCGGAAGGAGUUGGUGGGCCUGCUCAAGGGCGUUGUCGGCGUCGACAAGGCCAAAUUGGACAGGGACAACUUUGCCCCGGGCGACGCUCUGCCAGACGCGGUCCUGCGGGACGUCCGGUUCUAUAUCGUGGAACCUGCCCGGAGGGAUGAGCUUGUAAAGACCUUCUUGGAGACGCUGUAG